GCAACUGGGUGACGUCUGGCUGGGACGCCGCCGCUUCCGCCGCCUUCCCCUGUCCCCGACGGCACUUGCCGCGGUUCCGGGGGUCUUCCCUUCUACCGGAUUGCCACUUGUCUGAGUGAGGUCUGCCCUUUGAUUACUGCAUAGAGAGUGACCGAAUUGAUGAUGUGGGACUAGUAGCGGGCAGAACCCAAAGAGAGAAGAAACGUUCCUACAAGGACUUGCUUCGGGAAGAGGAGGAGAUAGCUGCUCAGGUCAGGAAGAAUUCAAAGAAGAGGCUGAAGAUAACCUGAAAAAUAACAAGGUGUGAUAUACCUCAUUCAAUUCCUUGGAUUUGAGGAAUUGACACAGACAGCUUUUCCUCAAAACAUUCCCUUUCAGCUGAAAUUUCUCCUGUUAGUCUAGAGGAGAGUGACCUCUUUUUGCUGAGAUCAGAAUCUCAUAAGAAGAAGAGGAAGCAUUCCUCCAAUGAGUGCUGUUACCGAGACCUUUCUCCUUUUGAACUAUCCCUGCCUUUGGAGUUGAGUUCAAAGAAAAAGAAAGGAGUCUCAAGUCCAUCCUCUGCUGAUACUGCCAUGGAUCUGCUGAAGGCAAUCACCUCCCCAUUGGCCACCAGCUCCAAGUCUUCCAAAAGGCCAUCUGAAAAAUCCCCUCAUUCUUCAUCCUCUGCCUCUGGCCAUUCAGAGGGCAAGAAGGAGCAUCACAAGAAAAAGCUGAGCGGGAGCAGCAGUGAUCUGCCCUUGGAUGACAGCAGCUCCCACAAAUCCAAAAAGACAAAGCCCCCGUAUGUGAACACUGAAAUGCUGACUUUGCGUGAGCCUGAUGGCUUAAAAAUGAAACUCAUCCUGUCACCAAAAGAGAAGGCGGGGAACAGCGUAGAGGAGCCCUUCCCACAUUCAGCUGCACCCAAAAAAUCCUCCAAAAAGUCAGCGCGAGACGAUCAAGGCUCACUUCUUCCAAAUCAUGACACACAUGGCUUCCUGAAAUCCUCCCGUAAGAAGCAUAAACCAUCUCCAGACUCGCAUCCUCCUGCAGUUGUGGAGAACUUCAGCCCAGACACAUCCCUCUUCCCAGAAGGCCAAAGCAGUGAGUUUGAGCUGUCAGGCCUAGAACCCCAGCUGGAAUCUGCCUCUUCCUCUGGAGGUGAGCUGGAAGCUGGCGAGCUAGUAAUUGAUGAUUCAUACCGGGAGAUAAAGAAGAAGAAGAAAUCAAAAAAGAGUAAAAAGAAGAAAGAUAAGGAGAAGCACAAGGAAAAGAAACACUCCAAAUCAAAGAAGAGUUCUGGGCUGUCUUCUUCACUGGUGGGUGCAGAAGUAUCGGCUCCAUUGCCGGUUUCUCCAAGCAGUGCACCAUUUGCUGUCCCUGCUCCUCCCCCACCCGCUGUCCCACCACCACCACUGCCGCCACCUGUCUUCCAUACAGAUGGCCAGAGUGAAAAGAAGAAGAAAAAAGAAGAAAAAGAGAAAGAGAAAACUGAGAAACUGGAAAAAGAAAAGGUAAAAGUACUUGCAGAGGAGCCAAAGAAGAAAAACAUGUCUGCUUACCAAGUUUUCUGUAAGGAAUAUCGUGUAAACAUUGUGGCUGAGCAUCCAGGAAUAGAUUUUGGUGAACUGAGCAAAAAGCUGGCAGAAGUUUGGAAACAACUUCCAGAAAAAGAUAAGCUGGUUUGGAAGCAGAAGGCUCAGUAUUUGCAACACAAACAGAAUAAAGCAGAAGCUACAACAGUGAAGAGGAAAGCAACCUCAUCAGAGGGUGCCCCAAAACUGAAAGCUUCUCUAACAGGUGUGCUUUCACCCCAUAAGAAGUCUCCAUCUAGCACUGUAAUAUUAUCUUCAUCGCCAGUCAAAGUUCCUGAAACAGAUCCCAUUGAUGUAGCUGCACAUCUACAAUUACUGGGAGAAUCUCUAAGUCUUAUUGGCCACAGGCUUCAGGAGACAGAAGGGAUGGUGGCUGUAUCAGGAAGCUUAUCAGUACUCCUGGAUUCAAUUAUCUGUGCCCUAGGACCUUUAGCAUGCCUGACAUCCCAGCUACCUGAACUAAAUGGCUGCCCCAAACAUGUCUUGUCAAAUACACUAGACAAUAUUGCCUACAUAAUGCCUGGACUCUGACAGGAAAAGGAUCAUGGGAAAUGACCUGCUACCAUAUGACUGGUGUGUGUACAUAUGCACUAAACUGUCCCCGCAUAAGUUUUCUACCUGUGACCUAUAACAUAGAAUUGUAACUAUUUGAUGUGACUUUAUGGAAAAUUCUGAACUUCAUUUGUGAGAAUUAGAGAAUGUUUUCCCUAAUCUAAAUAUUUCAUUAUAAUUAGAAGUGGAAAAAAAUUGAUGCAUCAGCCUUAACAUGGAAGAAAAAAGGCAUUCGAGUGUAAUCCUGUGACAGAAAAAAAAGCCUUGUGACUCCCAGCAUUGCUUGCUGGGGAAUGCGAGGCACAGUAGGGCUUUUCUCUAAAUAUGCACAGGAUUGCACCCUUAAUAAGGUUUUCUUGGAGAAGUCAAGCCACCUUGUGGGAAUGCAAUUGUCAUGGACACAACACCACUAAUAUUUUAGCUAUUGGUUUUUUUUUCUUCUCCAGUGGAAGCCAGUUAGAUGGAAAAGGUUAUUGGUUGAAGAGUCAAAUUGUGUGGUAUUGAAAACAAUACCUGAGUGUGUUUGUCCUGAUGCCUUUGAUCCAGUAGCAUCUGGAGACCCCUCUACUAAUUGUCCCAUGUGUACAUGGGAGGACUAGCUACAGAUUUGAGCAUGGUGAAUGAGUCCUCAAAAUGUUAUAGAGAAAAAGGACUGUUUAAAGUGAAUGAGUAGAAAACAUCGGGAGCUAUGCACUGCUUCUCUACUGACUAACUACUCUGUGGACUGUGCCGUUUACAUGGCAAAAGAUGGAAAGGGGGCUGUUAUGGAAUCUGUACAUCCCAUCUAGGCAUCUUCUAGUUUUAGCUAAACCGUGGUCCCCCAGUAAACAUAUUAAUGGUGUCACCAUAAAAAAUGGGGCUUGGAUCCUCUUUGUUCCAUAAAUUAAGCUUAUCACCAGCAGUAUUCUGAUAGUCCUCAUGGUGCUGAUGUAUAUAUCGUUGAUGCAUUGGUUAAGUUGACAUUUAAGGGCUUGUUGCUGAGAGGGAGAUGCAGAUUAAACAAAUCCUAUAUUCCAGACAGAGUUCUGUGCUCUGAGUGCCUGUCGCUCUUUUGGGAAGCACUUGAUAUCUUCCAUAGGCCCAACUGUGGCUUUUUUAACACACGUAUUUGCAUUUUCAUAUAUUUUAUUUGUGGUAGAUUAAUUUAUAUUGUAUAUUCCUGUACAUAGCUGUAAUUAAACAAAAUCCUUCUACCAACAAUGUAUAGAAAACAUGAGCUAGCUACUACCGUCUGGAUACCCUACUGUAACUGAACUUCCAUCUGUUGUAUCAGGCAUAAACCAGAUUGAAAUGACACACCACAGAUCAUUUAAACCAAAAACAGACCCUGGAUUUUACAAGGCUUGUUUAACCCUUGUAUAACCCAUGUUUUGCCCUAAGCAAAGGCUGCAUAUUUCAAAUGUAACCCAUGCACACCCAGCAUGUGCUGUUGGUGAUCAAUAGAAACAAAAAUGGAAAACUUUACAUUUUGUCCAAAGUUUCCUUGCCUCUUUUAGAAAUAGUGAAGUAUCAGAAGUGCAGGAUAACGUUAUCUAUAGGACUAAACUCUGUGCACUGAUUUUUCCAAGCACUUAACAGAUUUCUUAAGCUGAUUUGAGGUUUAAAGCAGUAUUUCUGUGUAUGAAAACUGCUUCCAUCACUUCCUCCAAGCCAUACCCCCACACAUGCACCCACGUAUCUCAUACAUGUAGAUAAAGACAUUCUCCCUUCUAUCACUAGUUCCCCCUAGUUGAACCUAAGGAUGACAGGCUCGUUCAGUUGGUGCUAUUCUGUAGAUAAGCCCAUGUGCUUGUGGUUAAUGCCUUGGUUUCGACAGAGCCUAAUCAGUCCAAACUUUUUUAUCUGGAUGGAGCAGCAUUCAAGAGGUGAAGAGAAUUCUUGUUUAGUCUCUUGGAUCUCAACAAUUACUGUUUGUAUCCAGUGGUGUCCCUUCAUUGUCAGAAUGCUCUUUGAUUCAGUGAGGGCUUUCAUCAGUGAAAUGGGGACAAAGGCAACUUUUGUAGUCCAAUCUGCUCCCCUCUUACCUCCCAUGAUAAAAGUGAUUAGGAACCCUCAGAAAAGCAGGAGCAGGUGGCUUAUGGGGAUGAAGUAAUGGCAAAAAUCACCUUCCUCCUCAGUUUGGCAUGGAAGCCCCAGCAGGAUGAAGGAACCUUCUGUCACUGGAGGGAAAACACUUUAUUUUUAGAGGAGUGAUAAUAUUUUACUUAAAUUCCAAUCAAUAUGUUGAUCUUGGAUUUAACAUUAGAAGCAGAUCUGCUUCAGUUUUACCAUCUGCACUAUUGCAAACUUGAAGUUUUUAAACACACCAUGGUACGGAUGUACUUCUAUUUAAGAUUUGUACACAUUUGUAUAAUCUAUAAUUUGUCAUAUUUACUACUGGAUAGCUUUGGACUUAAACCCUCUUAGUAUUUUUACAUGUGUUAUAUCCUAUCAUAUGUUCCAAAUUGCAUUGUAUAAAUGUUUUACUAAUGUAGAUAAACUUUUUUAAAAACUUGAAA